AUGGAAAACAGCACUAACCCCCCUUUUUUUAACCUCACCAUGUUUAUUAACAUCGGCAACUACCGCUACCCCACAUUUAUCUUGUGCUUCCUGUUAUUUGCUUUCAUCAUUUCAGCCAAUCUUGUCAUUAUUGUGGUCAUAACACUUGAGAAGACUUUACACCAGCCUAUGUAUAUCUUUAUCCUGUGUUUGUCUGUUAACUCUGUGUACGGCUCCACCGGCUUCUUCAUCAGAUUCCUGAGAGACCUCCUGUCUGACAGCCACCUGAUUCCACGAGCAGCCUGUUUGACUCAGGUCUAUGUCAUUUACACCUAUGCUUCCUAUGAGCUCACGCUCUUAGGGAUUAUGGCGUAUGAUCGCUAUAUUGCCAUAUGUCAGCCGUUACAUUACCACACCAAAGUCACCACUAAGAUGAUCGCCAUUUUGGUUUCUGUUGCAUGGAUCUAUCCUGCUAUUUCUGUCUUUGCUUGUGUGUAUUUGGCCUCUAGACUUCCGUUAUGUGGAAAUAAGAUACCAAAGGUGUUCUGUGCAAACUGGCCCAUUGUGAAGCUGUCAUGUAUCUCUACAGCUCUGAAUAACCUUGUUGGCAUGCUUGUGUCAGUAACCACGGUCUUCUGUCCCCUGGCGUUUGUCUUGUACACAUACACCAGAAUUAUCCUCCUCUGUAGAAAUCAAUCCUCAGAGUUUAAGAGUAAAGUCAUCCAGAGCUGUCUGCCACACAUCAUCACGUUUGUCAAUUAUUCCAUCACUGUGUUUUGUGAUGUUGCCCUCAGCAGAGUGGAUCUAGAGGAGCUGAAUCCGUUUCUUGCUGUUAUUUUAUCCCUGGAGUUCGUGGUGAUUCCUCCUAUUUUGAAUCCUCUCGUCUACGGCCUGAAGUUACCAGAGAUUAGAAAAGUCAUUCUAAGGAUGGUUUCAUGCUCAAAAGCCAGGAUAAAACAUAUUGAAUCUUAA